AAGUUACACAUGUGAGAGUCCGUCGUCAACAUUGCGUUGGUCAGGGGUCGUCUCACCAUUUGAUCAGUUCAAGAAGACUGUCGUGCUGAGCAGGUUGAUGUUGAGGCUCUUCAACUAACUCCCUUAGAAAUGGCAGCGAAACCACGUGGGUUGCUUGAGCGGCUGAAGGCUGGAGAGACCAUCAUCGUGGCGGAGGGAUAUCUGUUCGAGUUCGAGCGACGCGGCUACCUGAAGGCCGGAGCGUUCGUACCGGAAGUGGUGGUGGAACAUCCGGAACUGGUGAAGGGGCUGUACCGGGAGUUCGUACACGCCGGAAGUGACGUAGUGCUGGCGUUCACUUACUACGGUCACCGUGAGAAGCUGCGGGUUAUCGGGCGCGAGGCUGACCUGGAGCCCAUGAACCGGACCGCCCUGAGGCUGGCCCGGGAGGUGGCGGACGAGACCGGAACCCUCAUGGCGGGAAACAUCAGUAACACCACCUGCUACGAUCCGGACAAGCCCGAAACGCACGAGCAAACUCGGCAGAUUUUCAAGGAACAGAUAGAGUGGGCUGUUGAGGAGGGCGCUGACUUCAUUGUUGGAGAGACGUUCGGAUUUCUUGGCGAAGCCAUGGUCGCUCUGGAGUGUAUCAAAGAGUACGGAAAUGGUCUUCCAGCUGUUAUAACCAUGGUGAUCCACCGUGACGCGGAUCACGUGGCUGACGGCCCCACCCUGGUGGAGGCUAUGCAGGCGCUGGAGCAGGGCGGAGCUGCGGUGGUGGGGUUCAACUGCUGCCGCGGGCCCUUCACUACGCUUCCGCUGGUCGAGAAGGUCAAGGACCACGUCAAGGUACCGAUUGCCGUUAACCCUGUGCUGUACCGAACUGAUGAAGAGUACCCAACCAUGCAGUCUCUCAAGAACCACAAAGGUGCUCGCGCCUUCCCCGUGGACCUUGACGCGUUCCUGUGCAGCCGCAGCAUGAUCGCAGAGUUCGGGCAGCGGUGCCGGCAGCUGGGGCUGCAGUACGUGGGGCUGUGCUGCGGGAACGCCUCGCACUUCACCCGGACCCUGGCCGAGUCCCUGGGCCGCACUCCGCCCGCCAGCAAGUACUCCCCCGACAUGAGCCAGCACUUCGCCUAUGGUACCGAUAAGAAGUUACACAGUCUCAACACCGAAAAAGUCGUUAAGCUGUUGUAA